GCGUACGUCCUGUUACUCAUCCUGUCCGGCCCCAACGACUCAGCGUACGUGGCCCUGGACGUGGCGCUGGGCAUAACCCCCCUGGUGCUGGCCAUCGCGGCGCAGCACUGGCUGACUCGCCGCUUCAAGGGCCGCGUGAAAGCUGAGGUGGCGAAGCUCGUCGCGGAGCGGAGGCCGGCGCCCGCGGCGGCGCCUGCGGCGGCGGACGCCGUGUGA